ACUCCAUGGUCUAGAAUACAUGUAGAUUACGCUGGGCCCUUUCAGGGACAAUUCUUCCUGGUUGUUGUUGAUAGCCAUUCCAAAUGGCUGGAGGUCGUGCCUGUGUCUUCUACCACAGCUGCCAAAACUAUUCAAGUGUUGAGAAACAUUUUUGCUACACACGGGUUGCCAGAUGUUCUGGUGUCAGAUAACGAUCCUCAAUUUACUUCUACUGAGUUUCAGGGAUUCCUACAGGCCAACAUGAUCCGCCACGCUGCUUCGGCUUCUUUCCAUCCUUCCACCAACGGUCUGGCUGAACGGAUGGUCCGCGUCGCCAAGGACGCCCUCAAGAAGCUGACUUAUGGCAAUUGGCAUCACAGGUUGGCUGACUUUCUUCUAGCCCAUCGUACUACUCCGUGCACUGCCACGGGUAAGUGCCCGGCUGAACUCCGCUGGGGUCGUCGGCUCGUGACUAAAUUGGACAGGCUGCAU